AUGAGGUCUCAAUUGUCAAUUGCGUUGAUUGCAAUCUUUGCAGCUUCUACCUCUGCUCAAAAUGACGGAGACUUCUCUCCUCCUAGUUAUCCAUCCCCGUGGAUGAAUGGUAAGGGUGAUUGGGCAGAUGCAUAUUCUAAAGCAAAGAAAUUCGUUAGCCAGCUCACCGUUCUUGAAAAAGUGAACCUGACCACCGGUGUUGGUUGGGAAGGGGAAUCUUGUGUGGGAAAUACUGGUUCAAUUCCGCGUCUUAAUUUCCCCGGCCUCUGCUUACAAGAUUCUCCUCUUGGUAUUCGAUUUGCUGAUUUCAGUUCUGCUUUUCCUUCUGGAAUGAAUGCUGCCGCAACAUGGAGUUAUGAUUUGAUAAAUGCUCGAGGUUAUGCUAUGGGAAAGGAACAUCGAGGAAAGGGCGUGGACGUUCAAUUGGGUCCUGUAGCAGGUCCACUCGGAAGAGUACCUGAAGGUGGAAGAAAUUGGGAAGGGUUCAGUCCAGAUCCUGUCCUUACAGGAAUUAGCAUGGCGGCAACAGUUGAAGGAAUUCAGGAUGCCGGAGUCAUCGCUUGCGCAAAACAUUUUAUCAUGAAUGAACAAGAACAUUUCAGAGAACCAGGUGGCUCAAAUGCUGCGUACUCUGCAAACUUGGAUGACAAGACCAUGCACGAACUUUAUUUAUGGCCAUUUGCAGACGCUGUUCGAGCAGGAGCUGGCGCUGUCAUGUGCUCAUACAACCGAAUCAAUCAAAGUUAUGGAUCAGAAAAUAGUUGGACGCUCAAUUAUUUGUUGAAAAAUGAAUUGGACUUUCAAGGUUUUGUCGUGAGCGAUUGGUGGGCACAACAUUCUGGAGUUGCCAGUGCAUUAGCCGGACUAGACAUGACCAUGGCUGGAGAUCAGAAUCUUGCUUCAGGCAAUACAUAUUGGGGCACUUGGCUUACGAAUGCCGUUCUCAAUGGCACCGUCCCCCAGUGGCGUCUUGAUGAUAUGGCCGUUCGGAUCAUGUCAGCGUAUUACAAGAUCGGCAGAGAUACAGCUAAGGUUCCAGUGAACUUCAAUUCUUGGAACCUGAGCACGUAUGGUUACCAGCAUCCACUUGCUAACGAAGACUUCACCCAAAUCAAUCAACAUAUCAAUGUGCAAGAUAACCAUGCCGCACUUAUCCGCGAAAUUGGGGCUAAGUCAACCGUUCUUUUGAAGAAUACGAAAGGUGCACUGCCGCUGGAUAGACCAAGAAGUAUAGCUAUUAUUGGAGAAGAUGCUCACGACAAUCCCGGUGGUCCAAAUGCCUGUGGAGAUCGUGGUUGCAAUAUUGGCACACUUGCAAUGGGUUGGGGUUCUGGCACCGCAAACUUUCCAUACUUGAUCGCUCCUGUUACAGCAUUGAAAGCUCAAGCUGCAAAAGAUCAUACAGCUAUUAGGAAUGUCAGCAACAAUUACGAUUUUGCUGCCGUCGCCGCAGCAGCAGAAGGAGCUUCGGCCGCAAUAGUAUUCGCAAAUGCAAACGGCGGAGAAGCUUACAUCACCGUCGAUGGUAAUCAAGGAGACAGAAACAAUUUGACUUUGUGGGGUAAUGGAGAUGCUCUCAUCGAUUAUGUCGCAUCCAUCAACAAAAAUACGAUCAUUGUCCUUCACACAAUCGGACCCGUCAUUGUUGAAGCUUACAAGAACCAUCCCAAUGUAACUGCCAUACUUUGGGCAGGAUUACCUGGUCAAGAAUCUGGAAACUCGAUUACAGACGUCUUAUAUGGUGAAGUGAACCCACAAGCAAAAUCCGUCUUCACGUGGGGAAAAUCUCGUGAAGACUACGGAGUGGAUGUCGAAUACACUGUCUCCUCCCCGGAUCCACAAUUGAACUUCAAUGAAGGCGUAUUUAUCGAUUACCGUCACUUCGACGCCGCGAAUAUCGAGCCAUCUUACGAAUUUGGUUUCGGCCUCUCCUACACCACUUUCUCAUACUCCAAUCUGCGUAUCCAACGUCAAUACGCCGCUCCUUAUAUACCCACAAAAGGAAAAACAUCAUCGGCACCAACAUUCGGCAAGAUAAAUUACAAUGCAUCAGCCGCACAAUUCCCACCAGGAUUCCAUAAAGUUCCUCUUUAUGUGUACCCAUAUCUCGAUGGUCCCUUGAUCACAAAUCAAAGCGAUCAAGCCCCUCCUCAUUCGAAAGAUAGCACACCACAGCCCCUUCUUGCGGCUGGUGGUGAACCAGGUGGUAAUCCGGGGUUGUAUGAUGUACUGUAUACUGUUUCCGCCAAAGUCACCAACACUGGCAAGGUAUCUGGGACGGAAAUCCCUCAACUUUACAUAUCCCUCGGCGGUCCCACCGAUCCUAAAGUUGUCCUACGAGCAUUCGAUGACAUGCAGCUAGAACGUCGUGAGAGUGAUACCUUUACAUAUGGAAUCACGAGACGCGAUAUUAGUAAUUGGGAUCCAGUAAACCAGAAUUGGUUCAUCAGUUCGUAUCCCAAGAAAGUGUAUGUGGGAAGCUCGAGUCGAAGUCUGGUCUUGAGUGCUACUUUGCAAUAA